CUCGAGGCCUGAGGGUGCCAUACACCAGGCUGUAGUAUCGCCGUGGCUAUAAUCGUUGCGUCCAGGAUCGACCUUUCCUUCUGAACAUGUCCGGACAGCCAUCAUUUCCUCGAGCGAAUGUGCUAGUCAUUGGGGCGAACUCUGUCCAGGCGCUCUUACCCUCGACCCUCAUCUCGCAAGCAGACGCGCUGCUGCAAGCGCACCGCGUCGAGGAGGCCGCCGACCUUGCUGACCAGCAGCGGAUAAAGUUCCAGGCUUUGAUUACAGUUGACGAGCACGAGGCGGCACAACUACGCUACGUCUAUCAGCGACUAGGGUUCCAAUGCUUGACUGAGACACUCUUUGACGAUGCUGGAAAGCAUCUCUUUGCCGGCGAGCUGGACCCUCGCGUCCUCAUCAGCUACUAUCCGGACUUGCGGGGCGACCUAUUCUCGGAGGAAGAUGCCAUUGACGUCUACGCGGGCGUGGCAGAGUAUCUGCCCCAAGAAGAGUCCAUAGACGACAUAAUCGCCGCAAAUUUAGUCCUCAACUACUCCCCGCACCUGUCGCCGAACACGCGCGAGGCGCCGCCCGCCGUUGAACUGAGGGAGAUGCUCAAGAUGACUGCACGGGACAUGCUGGAGGCGUACUUGAGGAAAUGGCGGACAAAGCUGAAAAUGGAGGACCCGAAGCGGGUGCAGUAUUUGCAACCAGUCAUGGCGGCUGUCGACACUGUUCUGGCGAAGCUGUGUGUCGCCCAUUCGAAACCUACGGAUCUUCGAACACUUCUAUCCGAACCGAAUCACAUCGUGCUGACAGAGCUCGAGCCCGCGUUUAUUGAUGCGAGGCAAUUCGACGCCCUCUGCAGGCUCUACUGGCAAUAUGGGCAGGAGCAGAAGCUCAUCUCUGCGUGGGCAAAGCUUGUAGAUGGCGAAUGGAAGGAUGACGAAGUCAAGGACCCAUUAGGGAGUAUGUUUGCGCUGCUCGGUGAGCGGCGAGACAGGACGCUGAUCCAACAAUGGAGCAUCUGGCUCACAAAACGAGAUCCGGAUCGUACAUUGAAGCUCUUGACUUCACUGUCCUCCGGGAAGCGGACAACGGAAGACGACCGAGGUCUCCUCACGCAGCUUCGAGAAGCUGACGCUUCUGCAGGACGAAGGUAUUUGGAGCACCUUGUCCUCCAGAAGCGCAGUCAGGAUGUAGAUCUGCACCGGCAACUCGCCACGAGUUGUGUGGACGAGCUGUUCUCGUGUCUGGCAGAUGAGUCGACGUCAAAGCUAUGGCGUGCCAAAUUGUCUUCCUACACAUCAUCUCGAUCCGACACAUCCUUCCUCUCCUACUUCGCAUCCACCACCCCUGAUUCUCCAUCCACUCGCACACGCCUUAAGACCAUCCUCUUCCUCCAGGGCUCAUCAUUAUACGACCCACGUCCCAUCCGGGAACGCCUCCUCGAGCACGAAAAGCUGCUGCGGUUCGAGAUUGCUAUUGUCCAGGGCAAGCUCGGUGAACACCGCCCUGCCCUCACAUCCCUAGUCCACGACCUCCACGACCCAACAUCGGCUGAGAUCUACUGCACGCUCGGUGGCGUGAUCGUUCCGCCCAAGACAGCACAGUCGCUCGGGGAGCGCUUCGAGCUCCAGGCGUGGUCGGCACUGAUUGCACCCCCAUCAGUACCUGGGAAGCCUGGGAUAGCGAAGGCGCAGUCGAUGAAUCGGUUGGUGACGGUUGAUGGGGAGCUCAAGAAGACCCUUAUCCGGAUAUUGCUAGAGGUAUAUAUGAGCGGCGGAGAAGCGACGGCUGAGCGCACGGCGAAGUUCCUCAACGCGCAGGCAAUGAACCUAGAUGUGCUUGACGUCAUUUCCCUGAUCCCUCCAGACUGGCCUCUGAGCAUCCUCUCUACUUUCGUCGCCCGGUCAUUACGCCGCACAUUACAUGCACACCACGAGGGCCAGAUCGUGAAGGCUAUUAGUGCAAGCCAGAACCUCGUAGUAGCCGAGCGGACAUGGCUCGUCAUCCGCGAGCAAGGUCGCGUUAUCGAGGAGGCCGUGGACGAUGGCGAAGACGGUGUCGAGAAAGGCGUGCCCGCGUCCUUCGACGAGAAGGUGGUUCUGCACGCCGACGCACUUGCACAAGAGACGGCUCCGCAGGUCGUGGACAUCCCCCACCGAGAACCGAGCGCCAAGGAGGUGUCGCCUCGAAGUCCGCAUUUCGACGAAGAAGUGGGUACAUGAUACAGAUAGCGUAGUAGACUAUGGUUAUUGCUACAUCUUGGUUGGACAAGUAUUCUACUUAAUCUUGGUCGUUGGUAUGCUGGCGCGC